UACAAUAAUAUCAAUUUAUUAUUAAAAUAUUUAUAUUAUAAUUACUGCAGACAUAUCAUUGUUAACAGCGAUAGGCUGAGCUCGUCGCUGACGAAAUUGGAGCAUAUUAUAUAUUUCGGUAUAGACAGAUUUCUCUAAUCUCACGUCAUAUUUCUUUUCUGUACAUACGUGUGCGAUUACGCUAUUGAUGUUGAAUCAUUUUUCAAAGCCGCAGUCCGGUAACAAUAUAUUGAGGAAUUAUACAUGAUAUUAUGAAAAAUUUUUUUCGGGUCUGGGUCACUUCACUUUCCGCGGUGACCUUUGCGCGCAAUGAAGUUAAGAACAUUCUCGCCAGGUAUGCUAAUGAAAGAAUGGAAUCGAACAUUACUCCUUUUACAGACUGCCCCCCGUUGGUAAAAAAACUUGAUCAGUGUCAACUAUAUUUUGAAAGAGGUAGUGAUGGUCGAAGUAAAAAUAUUUACAAAUGGGUUAGUCCCGAGUACAAUGCGAACCGUCAAAAAAUGAAUCACCCAAAAAUUAGUAAAGAAAAGCCAUACAACAGAAAAUACGGGCCUCCGAUGAAUUAUCAUCAAUAUUGGGUUCAAAAUUUUAAAAAAAGUGACGGAAGUCGAGGUCACUUAAAAUGGGUAUAUCCUGAUUCUGACUCGUGUAAAAGAAAAAUUAAAGACAGUCAACAUCGGGAUCAAGAACAAAUUAUUUAUAUCAAUGGGCCAUCAUCACAGUUUGUAAUAAGUCGUGGUGUCCGUAGUGAUUUAAAAUGGAUUAACUCGGAUUAUAAUUCAAACAGAAGAAAAACGAACGGUAUAAAAGAUGCAAAUGCGUAA